AUGCCUGUUGACGUCGCCGUCACGGCUCCGGAGGUGGCGGCGCCCCCAAGAUCAAACUCAGAAAUACACAUCGGAGGAACAGAAAUGACUAAUCCGCAGACCGACUUCACCUCCUCAAAACGUGGCGGUAUCGAUUGGCGCUAUAUGACCUUUACCACGGCCAUACCAACCACACCUGUCCUCGAGCCCAAUGCUCACAUUGAACUCCCACCAUGUCCCGAUCUCAAGCAGUACGAUAGCCCUUUCUACUGGAGUCCUCUCCGCAAGAAUCUCAUCACCUAUCUUUCCUGCUCCGUCAACACUGUUGCGGCCUAUGCUGCAGGAUCCUACGCCGCACCAGAGGAACAGCUCCGGGAAAAAUGGGGGGUCUCCCACGUCGCUUUCAGCCUUGGUAUCACUUUGUAUACUAUAGGCUUCGGUGUCGCACCCAUGGUUCUUGCACCGCUCUCGGAAAUCAAUGGACGCCGGCCGGUAUUCAUUGCAACUGGCCUUCUCUUCGUGGCUAUGCAGCUUGCCUGUGCCCUCGCACCCAAUUUCGCUGGGAUGCUCGUAUUUCGAUUUCUGAAGGGCGUGGGCGGCUCAACAUUCUCGACUAUGGUUGGUGGUAUUCUUGCUGAUAUUUGGGUGACCAAAGAACGCAAUACACCUAUGGUUCUGUUCACAGGAGCUACCAUGUUUGGAACUGGCCUAGGUCCACUCGUUUCUGGCGUCGUUGCUCAGCGCCUGCCAUGGCGUUGGGUAUACUAUGUUCAGCUUAUCGUCUCCGGCGCACUGGUCGCUCUCGUGACCGUCUUCUUCAAAGAGACACGGGGCAGUAUCAUCCUGUCGCACAAAGCGAAAGCAGUCAACAAGUGGUACGAACAACUUGAAUCACUUGGAGUCAUCGGCAUGCAACCAAUCUCAUCCGGCACACCCACCGAUCAGGAGAAGGGAAUUAUGACCGGCUCUGAUCUCAAAUUCCAAACCACCACUACGAUCGGCUCCCCAGAACGUAUACGCUUCAAGGUACUCGAAGACGAGCAACGCGCCUCCUUGUCUCGCAUGAUCGCCAUGUCCCUCUAUCGUCCUAUACAUAUGCUGGUCACCGAGCCUGUCGUAUUCUUCUUCAGUCUAUGGAUUUCUUUCGCCUGGGCCAUUUUGUAUCUUCAAUUUGGCUCCGUUCCUCUCGCCUACAGAGUCGUCUUCAACUUCACGCUUGAGCAGUCUGGUUACGUCUUCGGAGCCAUGUGCAUUGGUGCUAUAUUCUCUACCGUUCUAUGCAUCUGGCAAGAUAAAUUCCUGAACCGGCGUUAUCCCGCGAAGAUGGCAACUCCAGAAGGGCGGAUGCUUGCAACCUGCGUAGAAGCGGCCUUUCUACCCAUAUCGCUUUUCUGGUUCGGGUGGACCUGUUAUUCAUCGAUACACUGGAUUGUGCCCACAAUCUCUAUCGCGUUCACGACACUGGCAAUCUUCAGCAUUUUUCUGGCCGUGUUCAACUACAGCGCUGAUGCUUAUCACACCUAUACCUCUUCGGCACUGGCGGCAUCUGGAAUCUGUCGAAAUUUUCUGGGUGGUAGCUUCCCGUUAUUAACACAUAAGAUGUUCAACAGUUUGGGCUUCCAGGCAGCAAGUAGCUUGCUUGGCGGUAUUGCUCUUGUACUGACAUUAGUGCCCUGCGUGCUGGUGUGGCAAGGCCCAAAAAUAAGAGCUCGGUCGAGAAUCGCAAGAGAGUUCAUGGAGAAGGGGGAGACCGAGUGA